AGAGAGAGAGAGAGAGUGUUAGUGUGAGUGUGAGUGGGUGUGUGUGUGAGAGAGAGAGAUAGACAGAGAGUGUGAGUGUGUGUGAGAGAGAGAGACAGAGUGUGUGUGUGUGUGUGUGUGCGUGUGUGUGUGUAUGUGUGUGUGUGUGUGUGUGUGUGUGUGUGUGAGAGAGAGACAGAGAGAGAGAGACAGAGAGUAUGAGUGUGUGUGUAUUGUAUGUGUGUGAGAGAGAGAGUGUGUAUGUGUGUGUAUAUGUGUGUAUAUGUGUGUGUGAGAGGGAGAGAGGGAGAGUGUGUGUGUGUGUGUGUGAGAGAGAGAGAGAAUGUGUGUGAGAGAGAGAGAGAAUGUGUAUGUGUGUGUGUGUGCGAGAGAGAGAAUGUGUGUGAGAGAGAAUGUGUAUGUGUGUGUGUGCGAGAGAGAGAGAAUGUGUGUGUGAGAGAGAGUGUGUCUAUAUGUGUGUGUGUGUGUGUGUGUGUGUGUGUGUGUGUGUGUGUGUGUGUGUGUGUGUGUGUGUGUAAAGGUUUAAAUGCGCUGAAAUCGCACUUCUGCUUCAGCUUAUUCCACACUAAGUUUAGUCAUGCCCACAGGCCUGUUUGCCUCAGAGUCAAUCUGCCCUCACGCCAUGAACAACACGUCUCUGAUAAGCAGAGAGGACAAGCAGAAAGAUAAGAACCAAGUGCAGAAAGGAAUGGAGGAGAAGGAAGAGGAGGAGAACGUCAUGGAGAGGCACUGGAUCCGUCCAGAUCUGCCCAGCAAGUGCACGUGGCAACUCGGGGAGCCGAAAACGAACUCGCCUCAUGUCCACGCAGAACGGACGAAGACACCCAGCAUUCUGCCCAACAUCCUGACACACAUCGGAAACACGCCGCUGGUUCGCAUCAACAAAAUUCCCAAAAAGUUCGGGGUCAAGUGUGAGAUCUUGGCUAAGUGCGAGUUCUUUAAUGCUGGAGGCAGUGUGAAGGAUCGCAUCGCCAUCCGUAUGGUGGAGGACGCUGAGAGAGACGGCAUCCUCAAACCCGGAGACACCAUCAUCGAGCCUACUUCUGGAAACACAGGUAUCGGCCUGGCCCUGGUUGCAGCAGUAAAAGGUUACCGCUGUAUCAUCGUCAUGCCUGAGAAAAUGAGCAUGGAGAAGGUGGACGUGCUGCACGGCCUUGGGGCCGAGAUCGUCCGGACUCCGACCGAUGCCCGUUUUGACUCUCUAGAGUCUCACGUGGGCGUGUCCUGGCGCCUGAAGAAUGAGAUCCCCAACUCCCACAUUCUGGAUCAGUACCGUAACCCCAGCAACCCGCUGGCUCACUACGACAACACGGCCGAGGAGAUCCUAGAGCAGUGCAACGGUAAAAUAGACAUGCUGGUGGCCGGAGCUGGAACAGGUGGCACCAUCACCGGUGUCGCACGCAAGCUGAAGGAAAAAUGCCCAAAGAUCCAGAUUAUUGGCGUGGACCCCAUGGGCUCGAUCCUAGCAGAGCCAGAGGAAAUUAAUAAGACCGAUAAGAGUCAGUACGAGGUGGAGGGAAUCGGAUACGACUUCAUCCCCACCGCGUUGGACAGAUCUGUGAUCGACGGUUGGUGCAAGACCAGGGACGAGGAGUCCUUCAACAUGUCACGCAUGCUCAUCAAACUGGAAGGACUGCUGUGUGGUGGUAGUUCAGGAUCAGCCAUGGUUGCAGCAAUGAAGAUGGCGAAGGAGCUGAAGGAAGAUCAGCGCUGUGUGGUCAUUCUGCCCGAUUCGAUACGGAACUACAUGACUAAAUUCCUCAGCGACAAGUGGAUGUGUGAAAAAGGCUUCCUGAGAGAGGAGGACCUGAUGAUCAACAAACCAUGGUGGUGGAAUCUGACUCUACAGGAGCUGCAACUCUCUGCUCCUCUAACAGUUCUUCCAUCAGUCAGCAUUAAAAACACCAUUAAGAUCCUGAAGGACAAGGCGUUCGACCAGGCGCCAGUAGUCGAGGACAACGGAAUGAUCAUGGGGAUGGUCACACUGGGUAACAUGCUGUCCUCUGUACUCGCUGGGAAGGUCAGUCCUUCUGACCCUGUCAACAAAGUCCUGUAUAAGCAGUUCAAACAGGUUCAUCUUACAGAUAAACUGGGUAAACUCUCCAGGAUCCUAGAAACAGACCACUUCGCCUUGGUGGUUCACAAUCAGAUCCAGUACCUGACAGACGGCUCGUCACUUCUGAAGAAGAUGGUGUUUGGCAUCGUCACGGCCAUCGACCUGCUGAACUUUGUGACCACUCGUGAGAGGAGAGAGCGCUCGUUGUCUGAGUGCUCGCUCCCCGAAAACAUGUAGCUGAUCUCUGACACACACACACACACACAUACACACACACACACUUUGUUUUACAUAUGUGAGAGUAAACAUUACAUAUUUUUCUAUUUUUUUAGGUUUCUUUUUCCUUCUCAUGUAAAUGCACGUUUAUGAGCUUAAAGGUGCCGUCUGCAAUCUGUUUAAACAGGUUUCUACACCUGUAUUAAGAAUUUUCACAGUUUUCUGGGACAGAAAUGAAGUCCAACCCCAGUCAGAUCACUGCAGCUUAUCUCUGGCUCUUUUUUCCCUUAAAAGAAAACCUUGAAUAUUGUUGUUGAUAGUUUUUUCAGUGUUUUCACUGCAGUAGAAGAAUGUCAGUGUUACACUCUGCUCCUGUAAUGACUCACUGACAUCAUCUGUGCUCUUUAAACUCGUUUUAUUCACAAUGCAGUAAAGAUUAAACUGUUUUUGAGCUUUGUGUAUACUUGAAGUAAAACAGAGGGAAGGUUUAUCAGAACUUUCAAAAUGAACACAGCUGCUACUUUGUUUUUUGAUUUUUUUUUUGGCUUUCUGUAUGAGGCUCGAAGAGAAGAGCAGUCUUCAUUACAGAAAAUACAAAUAGUAUAGAAUUUACAUAUACAUUUGUCAUUUGGCAGACGCCCUCAUUUUUCAUCAAAAAAUUCUUGUAAAAAUGUAUAAUAUUUUAGUAUAUAUAUUUCUUCUAUAUUAUUGUUAUACUGUGAAUGAUUAUAGAUGCUUUGGCCUUGUCUAAAGAACAAUGGAUAAUUUUUCUUCUUCCUUUUCUUCUUUUUUAUCUUUUACAUGUCAGUUUAUUGUAAAACUGCGUAUAAAACGUGUUGGAUGUAAAUAAAGGUGUAAGUUAU